ACAAAGAAAGACCAAAGAGAUUGAAUUUUGAUUUUCACAUGUUUUUCCUCAUGUACCAGUGACCUCCAUUUUUUCCGUCGAUUAAUGGCGUUGACUUUGUGAAUUCUCUGACAAUUGUAUUUUCAUUCUCCUGAAACCGUGGAGGAGAGGAUCUGCAUUUGCUUCAACUUCAACGUCCUUCAGAUUUUGAAAUGGCAGAUGGGAACCCAAGAUUCACGGUGGAUGAAGCUCUUGUGGCCAUGGGAUUUGGCAAGUUCCAACUUUACGUCCUUGCUUACGCUGGAAUGGGUUGGGUUGCAGAGGCCAUGGAGAUGAUGCUUCUCUCUUUCGUAGGACCUGCUGUUCAAUCGCUCUGGAAUCUCUCUGCACGAGAGGAAAGCUUAAUUACCAGUGUCGUUUUUGCUGGCAUGCUCAUUGGAGCUUACUCUUGGGGCAUUGUUUCUGACAAACAUGGCCGCAGGAAAGGAUUUAUCAUAACUGCGGUGGUGACUUUUAUAGCUGGUUUCUUGAGCGCCUUUUCACCAAACUACAUGUGGUUGAUCAUUCUUCGCUGUUUGGUUGGUCUUGGGUUGGGAGGAGGUCCUGUUCUUGCUUCUUGGUAUCUUGAAUUCAUACCUGCACCAAGCCGAGGGACUUGGAUGGUUGUUUUCUCAGCUUUCUGGACCGUUGGAACCAUAUUCGAGGCUUCCCUAGCUUGGGUGGUCAUGCCAAGUCUGGGUUGGAGGUGGUUACUUGCACUCUCUUCUGUACCUUCAUCGUUGCUUCUUCUCUUCUAUAGGUGGACAUCCGAGUCUCCUCGGUACUUAAUCCUACAAGGCCGGAAAGCUGAAGCUCUUUCCAUAUUAGAGAAGAUUGCGAGAAUGAACGGAACCCAACUACCUCCGGGUGUUCUCAGUUCAGAAUUGGAGACCGAGCUGGAAGACAAUAAAAACCUUCCAACAGAAAACACUCAUCUUCUCAAGCCUGGAGAAAUUGGAGAAGCUGUUGCUGUGUCCAAGAUUGUACUAAAAGCUGAUAAGGAACCAGCUUUCUCGUUACUAGCUCUUCUAUCUCCAACGCUAAUCAAGCGGACUUUGCUACUAUGGAUUGUGUUCUUUGGAAAUGCGUUUGCUUAUUAUGGCGUUGUCCUUCUCACCACUGAGCUGAACAAUUCCCAUAACCGCUGCUAUCCAACCGAGAAACAGUUGGGAAAUUCAAACGAUGUUAACUACAAAGACGUUUUCAUUGCCAGUUUUGCAGAGUUUCCAGGUCUACUGAUAUCAGCAGCAAUGGUGGAUAGACUUGGACGAAAAGUUUCAAUGGCAUCAAUGUUAUUCACUUGUUGCAUUUUCCUUCUCCCUCUGUUAUCUCAUCAAUCUCCAUUCAUAACCACUGCUCUUCUCUUUGGUGGCCGUAUCUGCAUCUCUGCGGCUUUCACAGUGGUUUACAUAUAUGCUCCGGAGAUAUAUCCAACGGCAGUGAGAACAACCGGAGUAGGAGUGGCGAGCUCGGUAGGACGAAUCGGAGGAAUCUUGUGUCCACUAGUGGCCGUUGGAUUAGUUCACGGAUGUCAUCAGACGAUCGCUGUUCUUCUGUUUGAGGUUGUGAUUCUUGUCUCAGGAAUUUGCGUUUGUCUCUUCCCUUUCGAGACAAGUGGUCGUGACCUGACAGAUAGUAUCUCGGCGUCCAAAGAACCACCUUCAGCUUCCGUAUAGCACAAUUAUUCUGACCAUUGUAGUUGUUUAGUUGUUGAAGGAAAGAAAACAAGAAACAGAGUGAUUACAUAUAGAGAUAUUCACAGAAUGUAAGACAUUAUACAAACUUGUAACUUUGUAAGACAAAGUCUCCUAUACGGUACAUUUAAAUAUAUGAUAAUUUUUGUU